CUAGCUAGCAUAAAUAGCAAAAAAAAAGGGUUAAUAAGAGUAUGGGAGAUGUGUUGCCAUGCAUUUAGGUGUAGCAAGAAAUGAGCUUAUUACAUGUGUCAGUGCUGGAUCUUGAUCUCAAUGAAGAUCCAUGGCCUUUUAAUUACCACUGCCUCUAAACAGAUAUAACGAUUAACAUGCGCAUGCAGCUUCAAGGCCAGGAGUAAUGGCAAAUUUGUUUCUCGCAUUGGGGUUAUCAUCAGACCAAGAAGAUCUAAAUUAUAGUUUUUGGAAUUUUAAGACAUACAGAGAGGUAAGUACUAAGCUUCAAAUCACAAAUCGUUUACAAGCCCUUUUUUCCGUUGUUUCUUCAGAUUAUAACAGCAAACCCACUUUCACACAGGUCAUGGUUGCCUCUUCGAUUGGCUUCAUCAUUGCAGCAGCAUUGCGGUAUCAUCUCAGGAAGCUAAGGGAUCAAAAGAUCAUCCCACGCUUAAGAUCAAGGGACAAAGGUCAUGGCCGCAUUGAAAAGCUCGAACGCUUCCCUCACUACGUAGCUAGGCAGAUGGGAUUUAAAGAUAGAAGAGAAUGCCCUUUGCUCUGCAAGUUAGCAGCAGAAUACAUCAGGAAAUCCGAAGGUUGCGAAGAAGAUAUUUAUACAUUCUUCUCCAAUGAGCCCGAUGUGGAUUCGCUCUUUGUUAAGCUCCUGGAGGAGUUUGAGAGAUGCAUUCUUAGUUAUUUUGCAUUCCAUUGGAGCCAUGCAGAUCUUAUGAUUUGUCAGGUAAUCAAGAUCAAUAUAUCUUUGAAUUGUUUUUUUGCCACAUUGUUUCAGGUAUUAAGUUCUGAUGCUGAACCCAAGAAAAAGCUCAAGCAGAUUUUCAUGGCAGCAACUAGAGAACAGAGAUUUGAGAGGGUGACAAAAAAUCUGAAGGUGGCUAGAGUUUUCACUACAUUGGUGGAAGAAAUGAAAGCAAUGGGGCUUACGUCAACAGAUGACUCUCAAUGUACAGAGGUGAUGGCUCCAGUGGCUCACAGUGAUAGAAGUCCAGUGCUGCUACUCAUGGGAGGAGGGAUGGGAGCUGGGAAGAGCACCGUGCUUAAGGACAUUCUCAAAGAACCAUUCUGGGCUGGAGCAGCAGGAAAUGCAGUUGUGAUUGAAGCAGAUGCCUUCAAAGAAACAGAUGUCAUCUACAGAGCCCUCAGCUCCAAAGGUCAUGCGGACAUGGUCCAUACAGCUGAAUUAGUGCAUCAAUCAUCUACAGAUGCAGCGUCAUCCCUUCUGGUGACAGCACUCAAUGAAGGGCGGGAUGUGAUCAUGGAUGGAACUCUCUCCUGGCUACCAUUUGUUGUGCAAACAAUAACUAUGGCCAGAUGUGUCCAUCGCCGCCGAUAUCGUAUGGGUGUUGGUUACAGGCAAGGACCUGAUGGGACUGUAACUGAGAACUACUGGGAACAAAUUGAGGAAGAAGAUCAAGUGCAAGAAGGAGGGAAAAAGCGGAAGCCAUAUAGAAUAGAGCUGGUUGGAGUUGUCUGUGAAGCCUAUUUGGCGGUUAUUAGAGGCAUAAGGAGAGCUAUAAUGUGUAGACGAGCUGUAAGGGUGAAGUCACAAUUGAUAUCCCACAAGAGAUUUGCAAAUGCAUUUCCAACAUACUGCCAACUGGUUGACAACGCCAGGCUAUAUUGCACAAAUGCUUUGGAAGGUCCACCUAAGUUGAUAGGAUGGAAAGACAGAGACAAGACUUUGCUAGUUGAUCCAGAUGAGAUUGGCUGCUUAAAGAAGGUGGGCAGGCUGAAUGAAGAAGCAGAUUCGAUAUAUGCACUUUACAAGUAUCCAAACCCUGCUUGUGAAGCCGGUUCAAUUUGGAAAGACAUUGUACUAUCACCUUCGAGAUUAAAUAUUCAACAGGAGCUGAAAUAUACCAUCCAGAAAGUGGAAAGAAUGGCUAAAGGAGUUUCAAGCUCAUGAAUAUUCACCAACGGAAAUUGCAGGCAGAAGGUGGUGUCUCAAACCUUUUGCUAUAUUUAUGACCAAGAAUGUUUACCAAGGUUGUAUUACGAUCGUGAAGCUUAUGUGUAAAAGUGCCUUUACUA